UGUGGUCUGUCUCGAGCGAAGAACGUGUAAGCAUUCAUCAAUCCAACCCAAGCUCCAUGAACUUUUCAUUCCCAUUUCCUCGGCGCCAUCUCAACUAUCCCUUUUCAAUUCUUCUCUGAUUUCCUCUUCCCAGGGUUGCUGCACCGGUAUUUGUGUAAUUCUUGCUUGAUUGUGGCUUGGUUUGCUGUCUAUCAAUUCGUUAGAUUCGGCCUCUAUGCAGAUUUUUGGCGUUUGUUAUUUUUAUGUUUUUGAUAAUUCUUUUUGGGGUUUCGAAUGGAGAUCAAUUCACUCCGUUUGGUUGCUGGGAAACAGGGGGGGAAAGGGAAGAAAAAGGAGUUAGAAUUUUUUCCAAGUUGUUUUGGAUUCUGGGAAUGGAAGAUUUGCCCCCGCUCAGCAAUGUGCUUGGUUUAGGGUUAAUUUAAUGAAGUUUUUGUUUUCUCCUUGCCGAACCAUGAUAAAUGUGUGAUUCAAAAUUUUAGAUUUUCUCAAACCACAUAAGAGUCUUAUCUGUUGAUUGGUUGCGGAGGAAACUGAGGCGAAGCGUCCAGACUCGAGGAAGAAUAUUUUUUAAUCUUACCCUUCACUUGGUUCCUGGAAAUAAUGGGAGGAAAGAAAAGAAAAGAAAAGGAAAAUUCUUGUCAGAUGAAGCCAUAUUUGAGCGUUAUCCUUUCCUACCCUUCCCUCCUUUUUUGUGAUCUAAAUAAGGCCUUAUGCUGCUUUAGUUUCUUAAAGGAAAUAAAAUUCAUAAAACUACCUAGAGUACUGAACCAAAAUGUUGAUGAAUAGGCAUUGUAAAGUUUAUACCUUUCUGUUGCAGAAUACCUGCAAUCAGAAGUGUAUAGAAUCUGAAACUAUUGGUUAAUCUGCAUUUUCCUAUUGUAUGAUUUUGAAGCAAAUUUAUAUUUUCCUCAUUGAGAUAGGUUAUGGCGGGGAAGAAAAUUAUUGCCAUAUGCCAGUCAGGUGGCGAAUUUGAGGCUGAUAAAGAUGGUUCGUUGUCAUACCGAGGGGGAGAUGCUCAUGCCAUAGAUAUUGAUGAUCAAAUGAAGUUCAAUGAAUUCAAGGUGGAGGUAGCUGAAAUGUUUAAUUGUAGCAUUAGUACCAUGUCUAUCAAAUACUUCCUUCCCAAAAACAAGAAGACUCUCAUUACAAUCUCUAAUGACAAGGACCUUAAACGUAUGAUAAAGUUCCACGUGGAUUCUGUCACAGUUGAUAUAUAUGUUAUGACUGAAGAAGUUGUUGCCCUCGAUGUCUCGAACAUGCCUGCCAGUAGGUCAAGCAGAACAACUUUGUCAGAAGCAGUGGUUCCAGUUGAUGCCCCUCUUGAUAUGAAGGAUGAUAUGGUGGAUGACACAACAUAUCCUGAUGUCUCCCUUGGUUUACCACUUGAUGUUGUAGAUGAUACUACCCACGUUGAUGUUGAUGCCCAAAUUACUAUGCCAAAUGAAAUUUCUCCUGUUCUUCCUCUUUCUAUUUCCAAUGAGGAGAAGCAUGUGAAAGCUGCACAGCAAUGGCAAAACACUAUUACAGGUGUUGGCCAAAGAUUCAGUGGUGUUCAUGAAUUCCGUGAAGCAUUGCGUAAAUAUGCCAUUGCGCAUCAGUUUGCUUUUAGGUACAAGAAAAAUGAUAGUCAUCGUGUAACUGUUAAGUGCAAAGCAGAAGGUUGUCCGUGGAGAAUCCAUGCAUCAAGGUUGUCAACAACUCAAUUAAUUUGUAUUAAGAAAAUGAAUGCAACACAUACAUGUGAAGGGGCUGUUGUAACAACAGGAUAUCAGGCAACAAGGAGUUGGGUGGCAAGUAUAAUCAUGGAUAAGUUGAAAGUUUUCCCAAAUUACAAGCCCAAAGAUAUCGUCAAUGAUAUCAAACAGGAAUAUGGGAUUCAACUUAAUUACUUUCAGGCAUGGCGGGGAAAGGAGAUAGCCAAGGAGCAGCUCCAAGGAUCCUAUAAAGAGGCAUACAGUCAAUUGCCCUUUUUCUGUGAGAAGAUAAUGGAGACAAAUCCAGGUAGUUUUGCUACUUUCACCACUAAGGAAGACUCAAGCUUUCAUCGUCUCUUUGUCUCAUUUCACGCAUCACUGUAUGGUUUCCAACAAGGUUGCCGACCUCUCCUUUUCCUUGAUAGCAUAUCCUUAAAGUCAAAGUACCAGGGCACAUUGUUGGCUGCAACAGCUGCAGAUGGGGAUGAUGGUGUUUUUCCUGUUGCUUUUUCUGUAGUAGAUGCAGAAACUGAUGAUAACUGGCAUUGGUUUUUACUACAACUGAAAUCUGCAUUGCCAACAUCUCGACCUAUUACAUUUGUGGCAGAUAGAGAGAAGGGGUUAAGGGAGUCAAUUGCUGAGAUAUUUCAGGGUUCAUUCCAUGGCUACUGCUUACGCUACCUUACUGAACAACUUUUGAAGGACUUGAAGGGGCAGUUUUCUCAUGAGGUGAAGCGUCUCAUGGUUGAGGAUUUUUAUGCUGCUGCUUAUGCGGCCAGGCCUGAAAGCUUCCAAAGGAGCCUUGAAACCAUCAAAAGUAUUUCACUGGAAGCUCACAAUUGGCUCAUACAAAGUGAGCCCAUGAACUGGGCAAAUGCAUUCUUUCAGGGUGCAAGAUAUAAGCAUAUGGCAUCAAACUUCGGAGAGCUGUUCUACAGUUGGGCUUCAGAGGCACAUGAAUUACCAAUAACACAGAUGGUUGAUGUGAUACGGGGUAAGAUUAUGGAGUUGUUUUUUACCCGGCGAACAGAUUCCAACCAAUGGAUGACAAGGCUAACUCCAUCUAUGGAGGAAAAGUUAGAAAAAGAAACCGUGAAAGUUCGUCCCCUGCAAGUGUUACUCUCAGGGGGUAACACUUUUGAGGUUCGUGGUGACACCAUUGAAGUUGUUGAUAUUGACCACUGGGAUUGUAGUUGCAAAGGGUGGCAACUUACUGGUUUACCAUGCUGCCAUGCAAUCGCUGUUAUUAGUUGCAUUGGCCAGAGCCCAUAUGAGUAUUGUUCCAGAUACUUUACUACUGAGAGCUACAGAUUAACAUAUUCAGAGUCAGUACAUCCUAUUCCAAAUGUAGACAGGCCUAUGGAGAAAGAUUCUUCUCUGGUUGCUGUAACUGUAACCCCACCUCCCACCCGUCGUCCUCCUGGUCGGCCCACUACUAAGCGUUUUGGGUCACAGGAGGUAGUCAAACGUCAACUCCAGUGCAGUAGAUGCAAGGGUGUAGGACACAACAAAUCGACUUGCAAAGAAUUACUGUAGAUUAUUAAACACUGAUAAGGAGAAUCAGCUUUUGUACAUCUAACAAAUCGGAAGGAAGGAAGUGAGUGACACUAGUAAAACUGCAUUUCAGUGUUAAAAUAAUCAAAAAGCCAUGGGUACCCCCUGCUGCCGCAUGUAGUGGAAGUUCUUUUUGCUGUAUUUAUGAUUCUUUUUUUCUUCCUAACUUGGAAUUCUUGGUAGCUACGACUAUGGACAAUAAUUAUAAGAAAGGUUUGUGUUAGGUUUCUCAUGACACACAGCUUCUUUUAAGCCUGAGGGCUGAGAGAGAGGCGGAGUGGGGCUUCCAGAUGAUGUAAACAUCCAAGUUUUUUGUUCGUGUAAAGCUCAUGAAGAUGUAUCCAAGGAAGACGCCUUUCUCCCAGAUGGGCCCAAGGGUGUAUCUCUAUUCUCUUAAAUAUAAAAUUAAUAUCUAUCCCAGAUGGGUUUAUG